AUGGCGUUGUCCAAAGCGUGCCCAUGGCUUCUCCUCCUCCCCGUCUUCCUAGCGGCAGUCGCUGGCUUCAUGCCCGCGGCUGUGGUGGUGGCGGCGGCGGCGACGGCGUUCGACGACAACUACGUGGUGCAGUGGGGUAACCUGGUCAAUCAGGGGACGGAGGUUGAUCUCACCAUGGAUCAAAGCUCUGGUGGUGCUGGGUUCCGGUCCAAGUCCAUGUACGGCUCAGGGUUCUUCCACAUGAGAAUGAAGCUGCCAUCCGGGUUCACUGCCGGCGUUGUGACAACCUUCUACCUUACUUCGCAGCCGGAAAAUGAUGGUGAGCACGACGAGCUGGACUUCGAGUUCCUGGGCGACAAGGACGGCAAGCCCAUCACGCUCCAGACCAACGUCUUCGUCAACGGCCACGGUGACAGGGAGCAGAGGCUGCACCUGUGGUUCGACCCCGCCGCCGACUUCCACGACUACAAGAUCCUCUGGAACCCCUACCAGCUCGUGAUGUUCGUCGACGACACGCCCAUCAGAGUGCUGAGGAAUCUGACGGGAAGCGUCCCGGGGUACGAGUUCCCGGCGAAGCAGACGAUGCUGAUCCGCGCGAGCAUCUGGGACGGCUCUGACUGGGCGACGGAUGGGGGCCAGACCAAGGUCGACUGGUCCAAGGCGCCCUUCACGGCGGGGUACAAAGGGUUCGACGUCGACGCCUGCGCCAACAGCGGUGCGACGCCGUGCGACUCCCCGGCCCUGUGGUGGAACGCCGGCGAGUACCGGAGCAUCACCGAUGCGCAGCGGGCGGCGUACGAGGGCGUCAAGGAGAAGUACAUGAACUACAACUUCUGCACCGAUAAGACAAGGUUCAACAACCAUAUGCCGCCAGAGUGCGACUACGAUUAG